UGUCCCCUUAUUGUUGUGAGUGUGGGCUCCUGAUUCUGUCCCAGAGCUUCUCCUCUCUCCCACCUCAGUUCUCACUUCCUGUCCAACAGUGUUUCAUACUGGAUUAUAAAUGCUGUGUGAGCAGAGUAUGAAUAAAGAAUUGCAGAAAUUCAGUGCUGAUGGUUUUCUUAUUUGCUCAACAACUUGCUUUUACUUCACCGGUCAGUUCCAUGUAGGCUGUAGCAACGCCCUCAGGAGGGAACACAGGGAUUCUAGCCUCUGCAGACCAUUUACAUGCACUACAACCUAUAGAUCACACUACAGGAAAGGGAAACUCCCUUACAACUUGUAGUCAUUACACGCUUGAAGAAAUUGGAUAGUUUUUCAGUUUGAAGGACGUGAAAGUUAAUGUUCUCUCUGUUAAUGAAUGUCUUCUUGGAAACCUUAUCGUUAUGAAUGAAGCAGUGCCACUCAGCUCUGUCACUCACAAGGGAGAAAUCCCAGGAUCUAAAAGCACACAUUUUUCAGUGUCUUUACGAUUUUAUAUUCUGAAUGUAAACAAACUAAAUGCCAAGACGUUGUAAAUGUAUUUGAUUAUAUUCCUCUUAACCAGCUGCGAUAUUCUGCCUUUUAAAAAAAAAACAAUCACUUGGAAAAAAAACCUGAUUCCAGCUUCUUCUUCUUCCUCCUCUUUUUUAUCAUCACAUCUGUGGUCAGACUUCCCUUUUCAUUCCCCCAGUCCCCCUUCAUAGUCUGUUUGCCAGCUCAUAGAGUCCUGUUGAGUACCCCAAUGUUAGAAAUGUAGAGCACGGGUCUCCAGAGCACACAAACUGCCGGAUGCUAACUUGCAUACGUUGGGCGAUUAGCACAAUGGUCAUAAGCUGCGUUAAUUAAUUAAUUAAUUGCGUUGGCAUAUGCAGACAAUAGUUUAAUAGUGGCUUGGCUGAUUUGGACAAUUGUGGAGUGGUUUUGGAGGUUCACACUGCUGGCAACUAUAGCAGGCAGUUGUUCCUCGUUAUCACACCUGUGAAGGCAGCCCAGUUUUCCCACCAACAGAGGCAACCUGUCGGUGCUGGUUAAUCAUUUCUCACCUCUACACGCAGACUCUAGCAAACCUCCAUGUGGACAGGAGCUCCUCGUGUUGUCAGACAUGUUGAGGAUUAUCCUGUUCUUGUGCCUCGUGUUUUGGGGUCCGGUUCUCGGCGGGCCCCAGACAGACUUCCACGGCAACAUGACGGACCAGGAGCUGUUCUGGGGAACCGACCAGUACGACUUCUCCGUGGUGCUUCCUGCCGCCGGCCUCGAGUGCUUCUGGCACUUUGCUCACCGUGGAGAGAGAUUCUACCUGAGCUUCAUGGUGCAGUGGGUGACGGGCGUCGGCCAAGACAGACACCUGACCGUCACCGUGAACGCUCCCAGCAGCCUCAUCAUGGCGACCGUUGAUGAUGCAAAGGGUCAGAUCAACUUUGAGGCCGAGGAAACGGGUUUCUAUCAGAUGUGUUUCAGCAACUUCCACAACCGCUUCGGCACCAUGCAGGUGUUCCUCAGCUUCGGCGUUUACUACGACGGAUACCAAGACCCCGCCAAGACCAAAGAGGAAGAGAAGAAGAAGAAGGAGGAGGCCAGCAAGGACCUCAACAACACCCUGAGCGUCAUCGAGGGUGCGACUCACAAAGUGGAGAACUACGUCUUCCACAUGUUCCGCUACUACAACUUCGGCCGCAUGAGGAAGAGCGCCGACUACUACCUGCUGCUCUCCAACUCGCAGUACGUCACCUGGUGGUCCCUGGCCCUCAGCCUCCUCAUCGUUACCUCGGGUUACCUGCAGCUCCUCUUCCUCAAGAGGCUCUUCAUCACCAAGAGCGGCGCCGAGGAGGAGAAGCCUCGCUGCUGAAGGUUUUUAUCCGAUGUUAUCAGAUAACUGUCGGGUUUUACAUCCACAAAAAGGAGGGCCCAGGUGUUAGUAUAUUUACGGUUAGCCGGUCGUUAUGUUAAUUGAUGUACUGUACUUCUCUACAAAGCACAAAUAAACGUGAUUAAAAUA